CCCGUGCGAGGGGGCUGGGUUAAAAAGAACCGUCAGAGCCAAUAGCGAGAAGUGCUCUGUGCAGCCUCCGCCUGUCCGAGGCGGCGCGGCAGGCGGUCGUGCCCUGCUGCCGGUGGAAGGCGGAUUAUGGCACAGGCUCAAGGUUUGGGAAAGAGAUACAUUAAAGCCUUUUUUAAAGGUUUCUUUGUUGCUGUUCCUGUAACUGUGACUUUCCUGGAUAGAGUUGCCUGUGUCGCAAGGGUGGAAGGAGCAUCAAUGCAGCCUUCUUUGAAUCCUGGGGGAAGACAAGCAUCUGAUGUAGUACUGUUAAACCACUGGAGCAUUAGAAAUUAUGAUGUACAGCGUGGGGACAUCGUGUCACUGGUGUCUCCUAGAAAUCCUGAACAGAAGAUCAUUAAACGAGUGAUUGCUCUUGAAGGAGACAUUAUCAAAACCAUUGGCUACAAGAAGAAGUAUGUGAAAGUUCCGCAUGGCCAUAUUUGGGUGGAAGGGGAUCACCAUGGGCACAGCUUUGACAGCAACGCUUUUGGUCCCGUCUCUCUUGGACUUCUCCACGCCCGAGCUACUCACAUUCUCUGGCCUCCACAUCGCUGGCAGAAGCUGCAGCCAGCGCUGCCUCCGGAGCGCAAGCCACUGCACAGAGAGCAGGAGUGACCCCCGGGCUCAGCCGGGAGAACACUGACACCAGCUCCAGCCAGAAGGAGCUGCAGUGCUUACACCGUGACCUGAGAGAGCUUCGCCAAGUGCUUUGACAUCAGUGUCAUAUCAACAAACACAUGGGACAUCUCAGUGUUACAAUGCCACCAGAAAUUCUUCGUGCUUCUUUUGUUUGUUUGUUCUAUUGUUUGGUGGGUUUUAAAAAUCUCCAACAUUAGGGUAUGGUAUAUUGAUUCAAUUUGAAAUAAUUGGUUGUAGAAGGACUGAAUGUUCAUUUUUUUUCUGGAAGCAGCAACAUGCUUGGCGUAUGUCUGUACUUGUGCUUCUCUGGACAAAAAACUAUUAAAACUUUCAAUAAACUAUUUUGAUCUUUUA